AUGGGCCACGCGGGCGGGUGGCGGGCCACAGGGGCGGAUGGCGGGCCACAGGGGCGGGUGGCGGGCCACGCGGGCGGGUGGCGGGCCACAGGGGCGGGUAGCGGGCCACGCGGGCGGGUGGCGGGCCACAGGGGCGGGUGGCGGGCCACGCGGGCGGGUGGCGGGCCACGCGGGCGGGUGGCGGGCCACAGGGGCGGGUGGCGGGCCACAGGGGCGGGUGGCGGGCCACGCGGGCGGGUGGCGGGCCACGCGGGCGGGUGGCGGGCCACAGGGGCGGGUGGCGGGCCACAGGGGCGGGUGGCGGGCCACGCGGGCGGGUGGCGGGCCACAGGAGCGGGUGGCGGGCCACAGGGGCGGGUGGCGGGCCACAGGGGCGGGUGGCGGGCCACGCGGGCGGGUGGCGGGCCACAGGGGCGGGUGGCGGGCCACGCGGGCGGGUGGUGGGCCACAGGGGCGGGUGGCGGGCCACACGGGCGGAUGGCGGGCCACAGGGGCGGGUGGCGGGCCACAGGGGCGGGUGGCGGGCCACGCGGGCGGGUGGCGGGCCACAGGGGCGGGUGGCGGGCCACGCGGGCGGGUGGCGGGCCACAGGGGCGGGUGGCGGGCCACGCGGGCGGGUGGCGGGCCACAGGGGCGGGUGGCGGGCCACAGGGGCGGGUGGCGGGCCACGCGGGCGGGUGGCGGGCCACAGGGGCGGGUGGCGGGCCACGCGGGCGGGUGGUGGGCCACAGGGGCGGGUGGCGGGCCACACGGGCGGGUGGCGGGCCACAGGGGCGGGUGGCGGGCCACAGGGGCGGGUGGCGGGCCACAGGGACGGGUGGCGGGCCACGCGGGCGGGUGGCGGGCCACAGGGGCGGGUGGCGGCCCACAGGGGCGGGUGGCGGGCCACGCGGGCGGGUGGCGGGCCACAGGGGCGGGUGGCGGGCCACAGGGGCGGGUGGCGGGCCACGCGGGCGGGUGGCGGGCCACAGGGGCGGGUGGCGGGCCACGCGGGCGGGUGGCGGGCCACAGGGGCGGGUGGCGGGCCACGCGGGCGGGUGGCGGGCCACAGGGGCGGGUGGCGGGCCACAGGGGCGGGUGGCGGGCCACGCGGGCGGGUGGCGGGCCACAGGGGCGGGUGGCGGGCCACGCGGGCGGGUGGCGGGCCACAGGGGCGGGUGGCGGGCCACGCGGGCGGGUGGCGGGCCACAGGGGCGGGUGGCGGGCCACAGGGGCGGGUGGCGGGCCACGCGGGCGGGUGGCGGGCCACAGGGGCGGGUGGCGGGCCACGCGGGCGGGUGGCGGGCUACAGGGGCGGGUGGCGGGUCACGCGGGUGGGUGGCGGGCCACACGGGCGGGUGGCGGGCCACACGGGUGGGUCGGGGUCCCGCCCGUGUGGCCCAGCAUGGAGGUCGAUCUGGACACCCCCCGGACACCUAA